AUGAUCAUAUCCAAGGACCUGUUCCUGUUGGGCGAUCAAGACUACCUGCGAUUGCCCAAAGACGACAAACGGUCCAGAAAUGGAAACAAAACGCUCAGGUUGGAAAACGGAGUGAACGUGCAAGAACCCCCGGGAUGUAUGCACCCGUUGCCCGCACAUCGGCCGAUCGAGCUGACUUUCAGCAACCUGACAGUGACACUAGACGACAAGAGACACGUGCUGAAGAACAUCAGUGGUGUCGUAAAACCGGGACAGGUGUUGGCCGUAAUGGGUCCUUCAGGAUGUGGAAAAACAACUUUGCUAAAUUGUCUUUCGGGCCGGACCAAGUUGAAUUCCGGGUGCAUCCACCUGAAUCGCGAGCGUCUCAACAAGCGGUGCAAGCGGCGUAUCUGUUACGUAUUACAACAAGACAUUUUUUUCCCGGACUUGACCCUGAGACAAACGCUCGAGUACGCUGCAAUGCUGAGACUUCCCGAUUCAUUAUCUCGCGGUCAAAAAAUGCAGUACGUUGAUCAUAUCAUAGACGUGCUCGAUCUGAACAACUGUCAAGAUACAAUUAUCGGGGACUACAUGAAGCGUGGUUUGUCCGGGGGUGAAAAGAAACGAGCAAACAUCGCUUGCGAACUCUUAACCAAUCCAGCUUUAAUGCUGCUAGAUGAACCCACAACUGGACUGGACUCUCAUUCAGCUUACAAAUUGAUGUGGUCGCUAAAGAAAUACGCCGAAAAAGAAGGAAAAACUAUUGUAGUCACUGUUCACCAACCGUCAUCUCAAAUAUUUCAUAUGUUUGAUAAACUACUUUUGAUCUGCAAUGGACAGACUGCAUACUUUGGUGACAUCAAUAAAGUUGUAAAUUUCUUUAGUAACAUUGGAAUGACGAUAGCCCCACAUUACAAUCCGGCUGACUUCAUUCUGGAACAAGUUAAAGGUACAGAAGAAAUGAAACAAAAGAUAAUAGCCGCCGCACAGAGAGCCCAAGACGAUUAUUAUCAGCAAGAAUCGUUGAAUUUGAAUUGCACGUGUGACAAGUACCUAAAUAACUAUCGUCACAAUCAUAACGAUAAAUAUCAAUGGCCCAUGAAUGCUACCAACGGUCAUAUUUGUACAGCGUUCAGUGACUCGUCUACAGAUAGCAAUGAAAAAUGUUAUACUGCAGUCAGAGUUCACGAAGACGAAGUGAAAAAUUUAUGGCCCGACAGUCAGAGCCAUUCUUCAACUUCUACAUCUGACGAAGACUUUACUUGGCAAUGGCCCACCAGCUUUUGGACACAAUUCAAAGUGUUGAGCCAGAGGAACUUCCAAGAAGCGCGUCCUCAAAUGUUGAGCACACUGAACUGGGUGCAAACAAUUGCGCUGGGCAUAUUGGCCGGUCUGCUGUGGUUCCAAUUGCCGCGCACGGAACAAUCUUUGCAGAACAUCCAGGGGUGGAUGUUCUUUUCCACUACUUACUGGAUGCUUUUUGCUCAUUUCGGUACACUGUCGUCUUUCCCUCCAGAAAGAGAAGUUAUUAAUAAAGAACGCCAGAGUGGAGCGUAUCGCUUGAGUGCGUAUUAUCUGGCCAAAAUGGUCGGCGAACUGCCGUUGACAAUCACCUUGCCAGCCGUCUAUCAUCUGAUCUCCUACCCAAUGCUUGGCAUGCAUAGUGUUAGUACAUUCUUCACCCUAUUAAUGUUUCUAUUAUUGAACACCAUCGUCGCUCAGAGCGUCGGGUUUUUCGUGGGAGCGUUUUGCAUGGACAUGCAAGUCUCGAUUACAAUCAGCGCCCUGUACACGCUGGCCACACAACUKUUUGGCGGCUACUUGGCGACAAAUAUUCCUAGCUGGUUACAGUGGAUGCAGUAUCUCAGUAUGGUGCAUUAUGCCUAUCAAAACAUGCAAAUCGUCGAAUUUAGCGAUGGAGAACCAAUCAUGUGUGCAAAACAAUCCAAGUAUGCGGUGUGUGAAAACUCGACUUUUAUACCAGCUCUGGACAUUGUAAACGCGCAAGGUGCAUCGUUCCCAUUAUGGCUGAACACUGCGAUACUGUUCGGCUUCCUUAUCGUGUUCAGAUUGUUAGGUUAUCUAGUGUUGCGUUUCAUCCGAAAACCAAAGUGAAUACCUAAACCGUUGAUGGCUGUGAGCGAUUAACAUUUUUAAUUAUUAAUCGUUUUAUAAAAACAUAAAUAUGGCUGUGUCAUUUUAGACAUUAUAAUAUUUUUUAUCUCGUUAUAAAUAUUAAACUUAGAGACUCGUUUUUCAACUCGAUAAUACCCCGAACUCAUUUCCUAACGCUAAAAUUUGGUGCUUGUACCUAUUUUGAUCGGAUUUCGGGAAAAGCGGUGUGAGAUGUGUUACACGUAUUUAUAUGUCGCAUUGUUUUGAUUUUUUGUASUACAUCGUAAUAAUGUUUUUAAAUGUUGCAUAAAAAUUAUUUUAUGACUUUAAAUACCUAUUUUUUUAAUUUUUAAAAAUUAUUGUAUAAUUAUUAUUUUAUUGAGUUCGAACAUACAGAAUUUUGUUUUCACUAAUACCUCUGAGAUGAAAUUUUGUUACAUAUAUACUGUUCGCACAGAUUUUUCGUUACUACUUAGAUAAUCACAUUUUUAAUU